GAAAAGAACAAAAUGCUUGAGCGUCAAUUUUGUUUGGGGGUGAUCUGAAAGGGCGACAGAAAGCAUCAUACCCUUGCCAAUUGUCCACUUUUGUUGUCCGAUGACGUCACGUAAUUAUGGGCAUGUUGCCAGAAAAGAUCCUGAAUGGUGUAGCUUAUGUUGUACAUAAGAUUUACGUCUUUUCUUGCCUUGAUUGCUCGGUGCACCCACUAGGGCUCUACAGCACUUAAUUACAGGCCUAUCCGAUUCAUCAUGGAUCGAAGCAAGUAUUCCCGUCCUCAGAUUAAUCUAACUCGUGACGAUCGUUUGAUGACAUGGAAUCCAAGCUUGAACAUUUACAAAGUCAAUCGGUUCCAUCUCCUGGAGCUCGGGAGUCAGAGGGACAAGGAAGUGCGCUUUGAUUUGGUGGAACAGCUGUUGCAAUUCAACAUGAUUCAUGUGGUGGAGAAUAUAUUUGGUUAUGUGGGACAUGUUUCCACCCUGGAUUGCACCAGGGUGUCUCGUUUGUGGUAUGAUUUCCUGUGCGCUCACAUGUUCAAACGCUGGGCUGAAAACAGUCUCCAGCAUGACGCAUCGCUCAAGGAACUGGCCUUAAAAAAGAAAUGGUUGGAUCAAUUAGCAACAGCCACGCAAGAGGGUCCUAAUGGCGAUCCACAGGACAAUCUCAUCUACCGACAGAUUUGUUGUGGCAUCCACGAGUUACGUGAAGUUUGGCGAUAUCGCGAGCCCAAAAACAAGCGGCUCCAUUGUGACUCAUUUGUACUGAGUGUGGCCUUUCAAGGCCAGAGUCUCUUUUGCGGUCUCAAUAGUGGUGUGAUCCAGUUGUGGGAUUUGGACUGGAACGCCAAGAAACGCGAGCAAGAGGUCCAUGAAAAGGGCGUCAAAUGUCUCGAGAUCAAUGACGUGAUCUUUAUCACCGGAAGUUAUGACUGCUUUGUGAAAAUCUGGUCUCGAUCCAAGUGGCGACAGCUCAACACCAUCUCACUCCAUUCAGACUCUAUUUGGGACCUCAAGCUUCACAUGGACACGUUUGCCACAGCCAGUUUGGACGGGACAAUCACCAUGUCGCUCAUUGACUGGAGCACUUUACAAGACGACUCCUUGGAGAUCACCAUGACACUUCAGAAGCACGUAUGGAGGUUGAGAACGCUUGUUGAUAAUGAUUUGGUUUCAUCCGUGGACUUUGACGAACGCCUCUUGAUUGCGGGCUAUGAAGACUCUCGGAUUGAUGUUUGGGAACUCGCUGCCCAGGAGCUCGUGCUCACCCUUCGGGGUCACAAUGGUGGGGUGACGGGUCUUCAGCUGAAUGGGAGUGUCAUCGCGUCCGGCAGCUAUGAUGGGACCGUGCGUCUUUGGAGUGUUUCGUCGGGUCACUGUCUUCGCGUUUUCAUCGAGCCGGACAACUUCGUCCGAUGCGUUGCAUUUCUGGGCAACUAUCUGGCUUGCGGCGAUUUCAGCGGCCUCCUUCACGUCUGGGAUGUCCGCGUUCAAGUGGAUAGCGAGCAAGUCCAGGUGGGCUCUUAUCGCCAGUUCCCUGGACACAAAGGACACGUGGUGUCGCUGCAAAUCGACGCCCAAAGGAUUGUCAGUGGAAGCCGAGACAAGACUGUUCUCAUUCUGGACUUCUGGGCCAAAAUGGUUGAUCAUUGUAAGCGGCGAAAAGAAUUGUCAGACAACGCCACCUCAAGAGGUCGGGUGUCAAGAUUUCUAAGAUCAUGACUCAUCAACAUUAUCACUUGGAAUGAAUAAAGUGUUAAAAC